CUGGGGUAUCAUUCCUCUACUACGGUGGCCUCAGCUGGGCGACGCACUCAAAAAAAUUCGGCCGCAGCACAUGGCGGCCGCUCCAGCAGGCGGACCAGAGCCGACCGACGCUAUCUGCGUCGAGCCUGCGUACUCUUGGCACGGGAAGAACACCAUCGGUCGCUUGCUUCUUGCGCGCAAGGCUGGAGGAUGGGAGGAGCGCCAGUAUGUAAUCUCGCGCAAAGCUCGAGAAAGGAUUGUGACAGAGAACGCCGCGUUUCAUUGGAUUAAAGUAUGCUCGCGAUUAAAAAACGGCCAAUCACAUGGUCGCGCUAGUAGCUCGGAUUCGUUGAAUCCAAAAACAUCUUGGGUUGAGUAUGGCGUAUAGAGUGGGCUGUGUAACUUGGGUACAUCGAGCGCGACCAAGCCGCUUGCCAUCAUUUUCGAAUACUCGACCGCGUUCUUAUUUCCGUGCGGGCGCUAGCAUGUCUCCCAACGACCUCCCGACGCUGGCGUACGCCAAGAGCACCGACCUCGUCGCUGAGCCGGCCACGUCGUUUCUCUCGCACCACCACACGUCGUCGGCUGCGUUUGACAAGGUCCUCUCGACGUCGCGGAAGCUGCGGAAGAGCUGCUCACUGCCCAACUGCUCCCAGCGACCGGGCGAGUGCAUGCACUGCACGUGCGACGGCCGCUGCGGCCAGCAUGAAGGCGGCAAGUGUGGCGUGCGCCGCGAAGGCUCGGGCAAGUCGUGCAAGCGUCUCGGGUGCCCGAAGGAUGACACGUGCCUUCACAGCACGCGCGCCACGUGCUGCCAUUGCCGCAACCUUGUCUCGUCGCAGUCCCGAAGUCUGAAGGCCAAGCGUGCGCUCGACGAAACCGACUCGAGUGUUUCGGCGUCCGAACCGGCGCUUUCGCCGAUUGAGCACGCGCCCAAGCCUACCGUCCUCACGAUCGUCGCGCCCGCCCUCGCGCCUGUCCUUGAGUCCAAGAGCACCCCCAAGCCUCUCACGCCCAACAGCGCUGCCGAGGCCAAGCGCCGCAAGCGCCAGGCCAACGUUGACGUCCAUGGCAAGCCUGUCAUUGAUGCGCUCAAGAUGAAGAAGAAGGUCGCUAAGAUGCUUUCGGCUCUGCCGUCGCCAGCCCUCAAGCACACGAAGAAGGCGACGACCGCGCCCGCCCUCGGCACGCCCGCGCUCUGCGAAUACCCCGAGUGGGCGUCGCGCCGGUCGACGUGCAACCUCAUCGUCGUUGUCGAGGGCACUCAGUUCAACUUGCACCGGUUCCCAAUGCUCGUCGCUUGCCCCGAGCUGCGCUCGAAGCUCAAGCAGCAGCCCCAGUCGGACGACGGCAGCAUUGCCGUCCUCAAGUACGCGCACUUCCCCGGCGGCGCCGCGGCCUUUGAGCUCGCCUGCAUCUACGCGUACACGGGCAACAUGGACAUCAACGCGACCAACGUUGCGCUCUUGUACUGCGCGGCGCGCAUCCUCAAGAUGCAUGUGGCGCUCACGUCUCGCUGCGCGACGCUGCUCGAGACGCUGGCGCACGCGGGCUCGGGCAUGGACGUGGUGCAGAUGCUGCUGCAGGUCGUCGAGGUGCGCAAGUGCCUCCGCAACCAGUCGACGGACCGCAUGAUGGCCCUCUGCGUCAACGCGAUUGCGCAGCGGUACCCGUACGAGCACGACACGAUGCACUGGAUCGUCAAGCUGCCCUGCGAUGUCUUUUUGCACAUUACGCAGCUCAUUCUGAACGACCAGCCCAACUCGACGGUCAACAACGUGGUCGCGCGGCUCUGCGCGCAGGCGCACCUCGCCCAGGUCUUCCGGUCGGUCCAGAGCCCGAAGGAGAAGGCGUCGGAGCUCAUCAAGGUUCUCGACAUUCUCAUGACGCUCGACACGUCGGCGGUGACGACUGGCACGGACGAAGACGUCGACAUGUCGGUCGAAGAAGGCGAGAUCAAGGAGGAGACGACAUCCAAGCUCGUCCUGACGCCCGAGAUGCUGGCGCAGGCGAUUGCGAUGAGCCAAGCGUCGCUCGUGGCGGCCUAGAUAGUAUACCAUAGUAGCGUAGGAUUUAUUAGCAGUUAGAGGAGACGAUUAGGGUAGGACGACGAUGUAGCACUAGCAGUAUUAGACGAUGAUCAUUAUAAGCGACCAACAUGUAGACUAGCGGAUCAAUCACUCGAUCUUGGCAAGCAUGAGCU